GGAAAGACCAAUGUCUAUGAAAUUCUCCUUUCGAAGGUGUGUUGCAUAACAUAAUCAACCAGGGUGCAUUUCAAAGCCUCAUGGAACUUCGGUGUUCGCGUUCUAUUUUGGCCGAGAUGGUCCUCCCCCUGGCUAGCGGAUCGGUGGCGUCCCCGUCUAACCUCCCGCCCUCAACUUGCGAAGAUUUUCAGCCACAUUCGCUUAGAGUGGACCAGUUGAAGUUGGAUUACAGUUGAGCCGUCUGACAAAUCGAUAUGCACUGGAGAUAUGUGACUGGUGCUCUUGACCAUCCCUGGCUCGUGGACCCCUCGAUCGACAAUGAAUCGAGAGUAUAUAUAUAAGGUAAGGAAUUAGAACAUUUAGUCCACAGUUCUCAGUUCAGUCGUCAAGACCAUAAGUCAAACCCCCAAAUUAAGUUCAUAACCUAACAAAAAAUGACAAACGCUAUCCUCAUCACCGGAGCUACCGGCCAACAAGGCGGCGCCGUCAUCGACGCCCUCCUUGCAACCAAAGCCGACUUCGAGAUACUCGCCGUCACCAGAGACACCGCCUCCCCCUCCGCGACGAAACUCGCCCAAAAAUCUCCGUCAAUCAAACUCGUCCAGGGGAAUCUCGACGACGUGGCCGCCGUAUUCCAGAGCGCGAAGAAGGCGACAUCGCGGCCGAUCUGGGGAGUGUUCAGCGUUCAGCUCGCCAUCGGCGUCAAAUCCGGCACCGAAGAACGCCAAGGCAAAGCCCUCAUCGACCACGCCAUCCAAUCCGGCGUGCAGUACUUCGUCUAUGCCUCCGUCGACCGUGGCGGCGCCACCUCCCUCACCAAACCCGCCUCCCUCACCAACCCUACCAACGUCCCGCACUUCAUCGCCAAGCACCGCGUCGAGGAGCACCUCUUCGCCGCUACCAAAGACGGCGCGAGCGGGAUGGCCUGGACGAUCCUUCGCCCGACAGCGUACAUGGAGAAUUUCCUCCCGACAUUCUUCGGGCGCGUGUUCGUGACCGCGUGGGCGCAGGAGGUGAGGGAUCGGCCGCUGCAGAUGGUCGGGUUGAAGGAUAUCGGGGUGUUCGCGGCGAAGGCGUUCGUGGCGCCGGAGCAGUGGGCGGGGAAGGCGGUGUCGUUGGCGGGGGAUGAGGUGACGUUGAAGCAGGUGGAGGAGGUGUUUAAGACGAAGACGGGGAAGGAGCUGCCGAGGACGUAUGGGUUUGUUAGUUGGUUUAUUAUGUGGAUGGCGAAGGAUUUUAGGCUGAUGAUGAGGUGGUUUUAUGAUCAUGGGUUUAAGGCGGAUAUCGCGGCGCUGAGAAAGGAGCAUCCGGAGCUGAAGGAUUUCAGGACGUGGCUGGAGAAAGACAGUCAAUUCGAAAUGCGGUAGCGUCAUUAGGGUGUGUAUACCUACUAUCUUCAUCUGUACGAUUAGAGAGAAUUUUCUAGCAUGAGCCUCCAGCGCGCUUAAUUCCUUGUGCUCUAUUUUAUCGAUGCAAUGGCUUCUUCCACGGCCCCUUCUUUCCUGGCCUCUUCUUUCACGGCCCCAUCCACGAUGGGCUUCUCGUCCAAGUGCCCAUCACUUAGAAGAGGAGGGUUCAAACUCAAAGCACCCUUUGGAACGAAAGUGGAACAGAGUACAAGCACACAAGCCACCGUAAAGUGGACUCCACCGACCAUACGGACCGCCUGGUGAAUGUCGCCAUUGUUCUUAUUGCUAACCGAAUCGAUGUACUUUCCAAGCAGCGGCGAGCAGAUCGCGUAUGUGACUG